AAGGGGAGUGUCGGGUGGGGGCGAGGGAGAAAGCACAAAACACACCAGCCUAUCAAGCCCUCCCCCCCUUCCCUCCAAAAGUUCCUCAACAUGGGAAAAGAAGAGAAGAAAGCUCCAAGCAGCCCAGCUGGUAACAACCUGAGCCAGGCAGCACAAGCACCUGGGACGGAGCAGAAGAAGGUGCCCGAAACUGCCCUGAUGUCCAAGAAGCCACCCAAAGGGGAUCCCAGCCGGGGCAAGGAGGAGGAUGCCCACAAGUGCUGCGGCUGCCACUUCCCGUUGCUGGUUGCACUCUUGCAGCUGGCUUUAGGUGUCUCCAUCACAGUGCUGGGCUUCCUCAUGGCCAGCUUCAGCUCUUCCUUGCUAGCCAGAGACACUCCAUAUUGGGCUGGCAUCAUUCUCUGUGUUGUGGCCUUGCUGGGGCUGGUGAUGCUCUGCAUCUCUUAUCAACCGGAUGAGAAGACCUGCGUCCAGUUUGCCAUCAAGGUUGCCUACUUCCUGUUGAGCACUCUGAGCCUGCUGGUCUGCGUGCUCGCGGUGGCUUUUGCCGCCUACUGUUAUUCCCAGAUCACCCAGUUUACCUGCGAAACCAUCUCUGAGACCUGCCAGUGUAAAUUGGACACCGAGGACCCCCUCAGCAGAACUUUCACUUACCAGGAUGUAUCUGACUGUCCCGACUUCCUUGGGACUUUCAGACUUUACUUGCUGAUCCAGAUGGUGCUGAACCUCCUGGCUGCCCUUGUGGGUUUUGCAGCGUGUUUUGUGAUGUGGAAAGACAGGUACCAGGUCUUCUAUGUGGGCAUCCGGUUGUACUCUUCAACUGUCCCUGGAGUCCAACAACAGAAAGUAUAGGGUUA